UGGAAGCAGAAAGAGUAAUGGCGAAUGGGCUUCAAUGUUUCUUAGUCAUGGAAGCUCAAUUGUACCUGAAACACAAAAGAAGGGUUAAUACUAGUCAUCAAAUGUUUUCGAACAAUUUUCACACACUCUGGAUUCUGAAAUUCGUACAAAUUCCUUUCAUGUUUGCUUCUCUUCGUACGCACUCCAAUCAACCCUAAGUCCACAUUUUUCUCCACCCUCUGCCGCCGUGACUUCGACUUUCUUCACCGCCACUGCCGCCUGAAGCUCUGCUCUGUUCAACUGGAGCAAUAAUUCAGGUACAACUUGAACCUUAAUUUGGUUAGAGGUGUAGAUUGAUGGCUCAGUUUGAAAUAAAAUCUGGUGCAUUGGUUACUUUGCAAGAGCUAAACCAUUCGUCGCCAUUUUUCAAGCAAGGAGCGUCGCUCAGAGUAACCGGAAAGUUGCAGGAAUACACAUUAGAGACAGCCAUAGCAACAAUCGUUGAUGGUAGUGAUUUCUUGAAAGUUAAUACCGAACAUCUGAGGGAUCUUACCUUCAAAGUUGGUUCUAUCUACCAAUUCAUUGGUGAGCUUCAAAUCCGAUCCGAGAAUAAUGAGGGGGUUUUGCAGGCUCGUGUCGGUAGAAACGUUGAUGGAAUCGAUCUCAAUCUUUAUCAUCAGUCACUGCUGCUUCUAAGACAGUUUCAGGCCAACCAUCUCAACAAUCCAGCAAGUUAACUUUUGUAGGAUAUUUGCUGGCACAAACUGUCAUAAAUCACUAAUUUAAAUGUAACUUUUUUUCCCUCUUAAAAUGAUGUAAGGUUGUUCCUUGAAAUAUAUUCAUGUCAAUAUUUUUGUCA